CUGCAGCUCUCCCUCCAUACCGGCCAGGUGUCACGGCGCGGCGGAGCGACUGGGACUCGGAUAUGUUGGCGUGCUGGAUGUGACAGACAGCUGCUGAGUGAGCGAUCCGAGCGUCCACUCUCGGAUUGACGCGCGAGGGGUCCGGGAACAAAGCAGGACCCGACCCGAACCGGACCGGUCCUGCGGCUGAGCGGGAUGGUGCGUCUGCUGGGCUGCCUGCUGCUGGGAUAUCUGACCUGGAAUCUGCGGAUAUCGGACGCCCAGGGAGAGUACUGUCAUGGCUGGCUGGACGCAAAUGGGAAUUAUCAUGAGGGCUUCCAGUGUCCAGAGGACUUUGACACCCUGGACGCGACGGUGUGCUGCGGCUCGUGCGCGCUGCGCUACUGCUGCGCCGCGGCGGACGCACGGCUGGACCAGGGCGUCUGCACCAACGACAGAGAGGUGGACAACACCGAGUAUGCAGCGCAACCCGUCUAUGUUCCCUUCCUGAUGGUGGGGAGCAUCUUCAUCGCCUUCGUUGUGGUUGGCUCUCUGGUGGCCGUGUACUGCUGCACCUGUUUGCGGCCCAAGCAGCCCACUCAGCAGCCCAUCCGCUUCUCACUCCGCAGCAGCCAGGGGGAGACCAUCCCCAUGAUCCUCACCACGGCCCCCCCGAGUCUGCGCGCACCGUCUCGACAGUCCAGCACGGCCACCACCAGCUCCAGCUCGGCCAGCGGGGGCAGCUCGACGCGGAGGUUUUCUCUGGGAGGCCAACAGCAGCAGCAUGGAUGUCUGGUGUCUGCCACCGUCUCCUCCUCUGCGUCCACUCCCACCCAGGCUCCACAGACUCUUCUUCCUCCACCUCCACCUCCAUACACAUCCCCUCCGGCCCCCAUGACGGGAGGUAUCCACCAGCCCUCUCACCCAACCCAAAGUGCCAGCUUCCUGCUGCCCCAGCAGUACUUCUUACCCCUGCAGCCUGACUCGUUUUCAGCGGCUAAGGGCUUUGCUGACUUUGGACAGAGCUGACAGGGAGUCCAGAGGUUAUAGGAUCCGGGCCAGAGACGAUGAACACGGCACCACAAACUGUGAUGUAAAAGACUGUCCAGGUGAGAUAGCUCCCUGGGUUAAACAGCGACAACAGGCCUGUCUGGGGCCACUUUUUUAAAACUUUAUGCACUUUUAUAUUGUAGAGUAAUCUAAUUUUUGUUGUUUUGUUGGAAACUCAGACUCCAGCCUUAUCCAGUUAUCAUCAAUCCAGUAAGGUGACUGUAAUGCGACAGUACAGAAGUAUAUUAGACUAUUAAAACACAGGAAUGAUCUCUAUGACAAGACCUCUAAAAGAGAAAGGGCAUCUUCAUUUAAAGGAGUUCUGUAAAAUGUUGUACAGUGUUAGAUUUCAUUUCUAAUAUUGAUUUCUCAACUCAAAUUAAAUCUGUCUCUUGUAACGUC